AUGUCCGAUUUACUAUUUUUCCAACAUUUUCGUCUAAAAAAGGAAACCGUAUUAUUUCUCUUGCAAAAAAUAGAAGACAGGAUAGAAUAUGACCAUAAUUGGAAUAACAGUGUGUCGCCCAUAAACCAGCUCUUGAUAUGUCUGAGAUAUUAUGCUACAGGAUGCCAUCAGUUAAGCCUUGCAUUCUUUGGAGGUAUGGACAAGUCUACAGUAAAUCGUAUAAUAAAAAGGGUAACAUUAGCAAUAUGUCACCUGUCUCAGCAGUAUAUAAAACUUCCAGAAACAGAAGAUCAAAAAAGGAAUAUUCAAUUAGAGUUUUUUGGAAUUGCGGCAUUUCCAAAAGUUAUAGGCGCUGUAGAUUGCACACACAUUAAAAUUCAGUCACCGGGUGGCGACGAUGCAGAGAUAUUUCGUAAUAGAAAAAAUUUCUUUUCAUUAAACGUACAAGCCGCAGUAGAUGCCAAUUACAAAUUUUUAAAUUUAGUAGCAAGAUGGCCUGGUUCUACUCAUGACAAUACUAUCUUCAAUAAUAGUAUUUUAAAAGCAUCUUUUGAGAGGAAUGAUUUUCCAAAUUGUUUUCUAUUAGGUGAUAGUGGUUAUGCCAUAAAGAAAUAUUUAUUGACUCCCCUACUGGAAACCAGAACCAGAGCUGAGAAUACAUACAAUGAAGCACAUAUCCGGACCCGAGUAAUAGUUGAAAAUACAUUUGGUAUUUGGAAACGAAGGUUUCCCAUAUUGGCUUAUGGUGUCAGAACAAAAUUACAGCUGACGAUGCAUAUUAUCGUGGCAACGGCAAUAUUACACAACAUUGCGAGGGAAGCGACAGAAGAACUUCCUCCAAAUGAUGAUAGAUACAACGAAGCAGCAUUUCAACAACUCCUUAAUAAUGUACCUUUAAAUGUUGUAAAUGAAGGAAAUUUACAGAAUGAUGGAUUUCGUGUUCGACGUGAACUAAUUGAUAAUUAUUUUACAUAAUUUUAUAAAUAAACAAAAAUAUAUAUGGUAAAAGUUUAA